CCCCGCUGAACUGACCUGUCCCCCAGGGAACGCCCAUGCCCCACGUUCAGUGGAUAAAGAGAGGCGAGGACUUGCAGCGCGUCAACUUGACCGAACGUGUUCCGGGCGAGGUCGUGCUGGUCCUCGAUGGCGUUUCGGUCUCUGAGACCUACUCGUGCGAGGCGGACUCCGAGAGUGGGUUCGUCGCAAAGGAAGUCGAAGUUCGUGUGCUGGGCCCGCCGCCCCCCCAGAAUGUGCGGCUGAGCUCCCUGACGGAGACGAUGGCGGUGAUUGCCUGGGAUCCAGUGGAGGAAGCCAAGUUCUACACGGUGUUCAAGAACUACUCUUCUUCGCAGGGCGAGGCGGUGGACGUCUUCCAGACAAAUUCUCACGUCUUCGCAGAUCUGGAGCCUUACACAAAGUACGAGUUCCGGGUGGCGGUGGUGACGGCCAGCGACCAGAUAGCUCUGUCAGAGUCCAUCUUUGCAAUCACAGGAGACACAGCCCCCGACCCGCCCACUAUCAAAGGCCUCGACACUGUGCUCAAGUUCGACGUCGGGGAGGCUGUGAACCUCACGUGCGUCAGCGGAGGGGGUAUAUCGCCUCUGGUGUUGACGUGGUAUAAGAAUGGCGUAGAGAUGGUCAGCGCCGAGAUCAGGUCGGGACUGCAGCUGAGUCUCGUGCUGCAGGAGGAGGACGACGGGGCUGAGCUGCUGUGCCAGGCGGCGAACUACGUCGCUGCGGUUAAUACUUCUGUGGUCGCUCUUAUAAAGGAAGGGGUGUGCAAGGUCCCUGAGGAGUGGGCGGGCGAGUGGUACUCCGGCUGGGACCAGGUGGGCGUGGCGUCUGACCUGUGGCUCGACCAGAUCUGUCUGACGUCUUCGAGAAACCGAUUCCUUGUCAAGAAAGAAUGGAGAGACUGUAACACAUGCUACAUAGUCACGGAGAAACACCCCAACAUCCUUGAAUAUAAAGAAUCCCAAUGCGAGGCGACGGACGACCUCCAAGCGCUGUGCUCAACCAUCGACCCCGCGCAGCCGCCCACCCACGUCAUGCGCAUGGACAGCACGACCGAGUGUCCGUUCCUUGGGCUGCGUCCGUUCACGUACCGACUACGCCACCGAAGCUGUACCGACGAACCGUCCCGACUUACCUCCGAGAACAACGGAACCGAACUCGUUUUCCACUACGACCCCUGCGCUGAUGACACCGACUUACAUAUCGACGUUCGGUCAGAGCGGAUCGAGUGCGUGGGGACGUGGAGCGAGGGCAACGCCAGCUUCCUCAUGGGGAAACUGGAGUCGAUCCUCGGCGGGGAACCUCGCUACCGCUGCUUCACCUUUGCCGAGGAGGAGGGCGAGGAGGAGGAGGGCGAGGGGCACCGCUACGCCGUCAGCAGAACCUCGUCGGAGGCGUGCGCCGCUCUCGGGGAGAGUUCCGACAGCUCCUACAAGAUAUUCGGGGAGGCGGUCGCCCCCGGGGAACCGACCAUCCUCGGCCACGACGCGUCCGAGCAGGUGAAGUUCGGCGCGGCCCUCAACCUGACGUGCAGCAGCGGCGGUGGAUUUCCCCGCGCCAAGCUCUCGUGGUUCAAGGACGGAGAGGCAAUCCCUUCGGAGACGUUCCAAGAGGGUGGGAAUUCGGUGGCCGUCGUCGAGGUCACCGUCGAGGGGCCGGAUAACGAGACGGAGUACCUUUGUCGAGCCUACAACUUCGUGGCGGAUUUCAGCGCGAGCGUCGUGCUGCGCGUGGAGCAAGCCUCCUUGCCCGCGUUCGAAGACAUCAUGGUUCCGACGGUGGUCGUAGUCGAGGACGAGACGGCAUUCCUUCCGUGCAUUCGGACACAGGCGGAAGACAUCAAGAUGGACUGGUUCGACGCAGACAUCGAGACGCAGCUCACGGCCGGCACCACGAUCUUGGCCGACGAGAAGACCCACCUGCAGCCGUGGAUCAGCGACGGGGUAAUGGGUCUCAUGGUCCUGGCAGGCUUUGUGGACACGAACUACGCCUGCAACGUGAACGGCAGGCGCGUCGGCAACACAAGGGCGGUGAUACUGGCUCGGUACCUCAUCGGGGAAGGAGGUUAUGAGGCGUCCGAGGACUCCCUCGACUACACAGACUACCACAAGACGGUCCAGGAGGGCAGCGAUGUCUUCCUGAACUGCAUCGUCGGCUCCAACAGCUCCUCCUCCACGGUCCGGUGGAGACGAAGCCCGGGCUCCGUCCUCCUGACGCAGAACGACAUCAGCCUGGCGGAGGACGAAGGCUACACCGUAGACGUCAUAGGGAACUCGUACAUCCUCUACGUGGCCCGUGCGGACGUCAGGCACGCUGGGUCCUACUUCUGCCAGAUAAUAGUGGACGAGGUGGAAGUCUAUACGAAGAACUUCACCAUUAACAUCGAUGAGUUAACACAUACAUACGUGGGUCAAAACGGCAGCAUCAACUGCUACGCCCUCCCGGGAGAGGAGCAGAUCACGUUCAUCCACGAAGGGCAAGAAAUCCACCCAGCCACCGCCAACGAAACGGACAAAUACAGCAUCACGAGGACCGAAGAGCGUGGCCAGGCCUUGACGGGACGGACAGGGACCCUUUUCACGCUGACGGUCUUCAACGCUUCCCUGCACGACGAAGGACUCUAUCAGUGCGUUAUCAACAGGGACUACGGCGACGUGAUCCUGAGGGAGGCCGUGCUCCUGGUGGAUCUCGAGGACCUGACACCGUAUACCAACGAGUCUGCCACCGGUGAGCUGCCAACAACAACACCUGCCACCACCACACCUUUCGGUCUCUUUGACUGGUGGAGCACAACAACCACUCCUUCGUAUCAGAGGAAACGACAACAACAACCACAACAACAACAACUAAAAUUCCCAAGUUUAGGAUAACAACAACCACAACUGAGCCAUUAGUGUUCACCGAAACAACUACAACUUAUCCCGUAGAUGAGACCACAACUACAACCAUGAUAUAUGCAGUCGAGACAACAACGGCUUCGGAACCGAGCCCAACAGACAUAUCCACGUGGCAACCCGAGACCACCACAACCCCCGUCACAACCGAACCCUCAACAACCACAGCGUACCAAGACACCACCACAGCAACCACGGAAACGCCAACCACCCCGGUGAGUGCCGUCGAGC